AUGGAUGCGCGAUAUCGUCUUAACAAUGAGCUUCAACGAAUCGGUGUAAGAACUGAGAGAACCGGCAGCGCGUUCUGUGAUCGAAAAGGCUCCGAUGCCGUGCUGGCGAUAGUCCGACAGGGCUCACAGCAACUUGUGAAUGACCUCAGUCGGUUGUGGCACAUGGAUGAUCAAUGCAAGAAGGGCGUCGUGUUCCUCUUGAGCUCCGAUGAUCGACGCUUAUACUUCGCUGCUCAGCCUAAGACGCUGUCAAUUCUGAUGAACUGCAAUCGAUAA